CCCAAUAUGGAGCCUCAAAACAACAUUUCAAAUGCUUUUUGUUCAUCGUUGCUUUUAUUUUCAAUGAACUUGCUAUUUCUGCAACAUGUUUCAACUGCCACUCAUCUGGGAAAUGAAACCGAUCGACUGGCCCUGCUCGAAUUCAAGCAUCAAGUGGUCAAUUAUCGCGACGGAACACUGAACUCAUGGAAUGAUUCCCUGCCACACUGUCAAUGGCAAGGUGUUACAUGUAGCUACCGACAUCAAAGAGUCACAGCCUUGAAUCUACGCGGACAUGGCUUGGUUGGAUCCAUAUCUCCCCAUAUAGGGAAUUUGACCUUCCUAAGGUUCAUUGAUCUCAGAAACAACAGUUUCAAUGGUGAAAUUCCCCAAGAAGUUGGUCGCUUGUUCCGCCUGAGACAUCUAAACCUGACAAACAAUGCAAUUGGCGGAGCGAUUCCAGUUAACCUGAGCCGCUGCUCAGAGCUCAGAAUCAUUGAGUUAGCAACUAAUAAUCUCGUCGGAAAAAUUCCCCCGGAGAUGGGCUCUCUGAACAAGCUCGUGACACUUUUUCUUAGAGCGAACAAUUUGACAGGAUCAAUUCCGCAUUCUGUUGGGAACCUUUCAUCCCUGGAACAAAUUACUGUAACAUUCAAUAAUCUGGAGGGAAGUCUACCAAUUCAGCUUGGCCAACUCAAAAGAUUGACUUACUUAAGUAUUGGAGUCAAUCAUUUUUCAGGUAUGGUCCCUCAAACUCUUUACAAUAUCUCAACUAUCACUUCCUUCAGCGUCGGAGAAAAUCUGCUGAAAGGGAGUCUUCCGGCUAACAUAGGUCUCACUCUACCCAGACUGCAAGUACUUGGUAUUGGCGCAAACCAAUUCUCUGGAACAAUCCCAUAUUCAAUCACCAAUGUUUCCGAACUUCAAGUACUUGAUCUUCCUGAAAACAACGUCAAGGGACCAGUUCCAAAUAAUCUAGGAGAUCUCAAAAAUCUUCGCAUUCUAAAUGUUGGAAUUAAUCUUCUGGGUACUAAUACAAGUCAAGACUUGAGCUUUAUUACAUCUUUGACAAACUGCAGCAAUUUACAAAGGCUAGACCUUGAUGGAAAUAACUUUGGAGGAGAAUUACCCAACUCCAUAGGCAAUUUCUCUCAUCAACUCACAGAGCUAGGGCUAGGAAGGAAUCAGAUAUCUGGAAUUAUCCCCCAGGACUCGAAAGACUUGCCAACCUGUACCAUCCCAAGUAAUUUGGGGAAAUUACAAAGGUUGCAACAAUUGCUACUAUAUGGAAACAGAUUAUCAGGACAGAUCCCACCCUCCCUGGGCAACCUCUCUCAAAUGUACUCCCUCUUUUUAGCUAUCAACAGAUUAGAAGGCAAUAUACCUUCGAGUAUUGGGAACUGUCAAAAUUUGCAAAUGCUGGAACUGUCACAAAAUCGCCUUACUGGCAUCAUACCCAAAGAUGUUAUGAGUUUCUCCUCCCUUUCGAAACACCUGAACUUAUCACAAAAUUCAUUGAAUGGUUCCCUACCGCAGGAAGUAGGUAAGCUGAGAAAUAUAAAUACAUUGGACAUCUCGAAUAACAAAUUGUCUGGAGAAAUUCCAGGAACAAUUGGAGAUUGUUCGAGCUUGGAAUACUUAAAUAUGCAAGGAAACCUUUUUGAGGGCACCAUUCCCUUAACUUUGGCUUCUUUGAAAGGUAUUCAACAUCUAGACCUUUCAGGAAAUAACAUGUCCGGAGAAAUUCCCAAAGACCUGGGGAGCCUUCGCUUUUUGCAAUAUCUUAACCUCUCUUUCAAUGAACUUGAGGGCGAGGUACCUACCAAAGGAGUUUUCAAAAACGCAAGCGCAAUAUCAGUGGUUGGGAAUACCAAACUUUGUGGAGGUAUCCUUGAACUGAACCUACCGCCAUGUCCUACCAAUGUAAAGAAGCAUGGAAGACCUAAAGCAUUCAAGAUAGGGAUCAUAGUCGGCAGUGUAGUUCUGUUUUCAAUGCUAAUGAUGUCCUUUGGAGCCCUAUGCUUUUGGAGAAAAGAAAGAACAAGAUUCUCUUCAGGAAAUCUGAUUGGGUCAGGAAGUUUUGGGUCAGUCUACAAGGGAAGCCUGCAGCAGGGGAAGGAAAGGUUAGUAGCAGUAAAGGUACUUGAACUUGAGAAGAGUGGAGCUUCAAAGAGCUUCGCAGCCGAGUGCAGAGCCUUAAGGAACAUACGACAUCGGAAUCUAGUUAAGAUCUUGAGUUACUGUUCCAGCAUUGAUUCCAAAGGUAAUGAAUUUAAAGCACUAGUUUACGAAUUUAUGGAAAAUGGGAGUCUAGAUUCGUGGUUGCAUCCAGAAAUAGUUGAAGUGAAUACAUUGAGGACUCUGAAUCUUCUCCAGAGGCUAAAUAUUGCAAUUGAUGUGUCUUCUGCGUUGCAUUAUCUCCACAACCAUUGUGAAACACCAGUUAUUCAUUGUGAUUUGAAGCCAAGCAACAUUCUUCUAGACAAUGACCUGACUGCUCAUGUCGGUGAUUUCGGAUUAGCAAGGCUCCAUUCAGGAAAGACCAAUGAUAUUUUACAGCAGCAAAAUAGCUCGAUUGGAGUAAAGGGAUCUAUUGGCUAUGCAGCACCAGGUAUGAUUUUGUCAUACUUUGUGCUUGAUUUAGAUCAUCGAUAUGUUUCAUUUAGCUAACCUGUACCUCAUUUAAUAAUAUUCAAGUAUGGAAAACACACAUAUGAACUUGGAAGAUACUAACAUUGCAGCCUAGAAUCAAGCAAAAUAAUUGGUUCU